CUGAACGAACAACACAGUCCACCAUGAUUGCCGUCCUGUGCCUCUUCGCUGCUCUGGUGAGUAACGCCCUUGCGGUGUACGUCCCCACGUACGGCCUACCGGUAGCCGGCUACCCUACCGUCCCUGCUGUCUCGACCGUGCACGCUGCCCCCGUGGCCGCUCUUCAAACUGUCCAUCACGCGGUGCCGGUCACUCCGACCGUCCACAACGUGGCUACCCCGUACGGCUACCGCACAACCGGCGUUAGCUACAGCCACAGAGUCGACGCCCACCCGGUGAAACUGCGCUACGUGUACGGCCUCACCCCGUACGGCCUCAACUACGGCUACGGCCUGGACGCCUUCGGAUACCCUACCGUGCUGAAGAAGUGAAAAACAAGCUCGGCAAACGACCUAACGAAAGCCCAACAAGACCCAUCUGUACCACGACCAAUGUG